GAGUAUGUUACUAUAUAUACUGGGGUUAUCCUUGUUGUAUUCGACAUUCGCUAGGGACUGUAACACGUGAACACUAGUGGUACUCUAGAGAGCCAUGGUUUAUAUCAAAGUGCUAGUAUAUCUAGCUGUGGUGAUCACACUAACUGCAUCACAACCAUCGUACGGUCGCAGACGCUCUACCAAAUAUGUACCACCAAAACGUACUUAUAAUCCAGUAAAAGCAGUUGUGAAAAAGACUGUACACCCAAAGAAAACCAGCAUACUACCUAUUCAUGGAGCCGGAGGUACAUUACUUCCGGAAGUUCUGCCAUCAGGAGGUGGUUUCUUCCCUAGCGACACUUUAGAUCCUGUAUUAGACAGAAUUGGCGGAAUCGAUCGUCCACUAGGCCUCCUCGGGAAUAGAGACGGACUGUUGCCCCGAAGAGGAAAUAUUGGUCGGAGCAACAGAGGGAUGCUGCCUAAUGACCGUUUAGGUCCCAGAGAUGGUAACCUCUGGAUUGACGAAACCCUAGAUCGGAAUACAUUCCCGUCCUCUAGGGACAUUGUCGGUCGUCAGGGUGGUGCCAUUCCAUGGGAUGGCAGUCGGUCAUCGUUCGAUCCUAUUGGACUCCAAGAGGCUAUCCCGAGGAUUAGCCGUCCAUCGAGGUCACGACGGAUUGGUGGUAGGUCAGCUGGUCUACCGGACUUCCUCGACGAGCGACCAGGUGCUCGGGGUAGAAUUGCCAGAGACCGAAGCGACAGAUUUGUAGAUGGUUUUGUGGAUCCUGAAUUACCCGAAGGACCUCGGGGCCUGACAGACCUCAACCCCACUCAGACAAACAUUCUCAGGAGAAGGUUAGGCCUACGGACUAUGUCGGGUAGACGUUCAGACAGAGGGUUUCCGUCUGAAGGACGACGACUAUCACGUAGACGUGAUAGCGAAUUUCUCCGACAACAGCAAGCUUGGUAAACAAUGAUACCGGUGGUGUAAUUAUCGUCGACGCAAAGGAUAGUGAUCCGAAAAUGAAUUCCAUAAAUAUUUGGUCUUUAUUUAAGUGAAUUAUGUUAUAUUUAUUAUAUCAAUUUUAUUUUUACAACAUUAAAUGUUUCUAAUGUACUCAA